CAGGCAAAGACUUAAAGUAGCUUCCUCUUUGAAUCUCCUUCCCAACAAAUAAAUGAAAGCUGUGGAGGCGGGUGCCGGGACCUGCCGUGUGGCCCAUCAACAUGACGGCCAUGUUCCACCACAAAGCUAUUUCCCGUAUGAAAGCAGAGGAUCUGCUGUUAGCGGUUAACGAGGAUGGACGCUUUCUGAUACGUGACAGCGAGACCUUCCCCGGGGCUCAUGUUCUGUGUCUACUGUACAAGGGCCGGGUUCACCAGUACAGGAUCCUGCCUACUGGAGAUGGCAAGCUUACGGUCGCUUCAGAGGCAGGGGUCAGUGGCCCGAAGUUCUCAGAUCUUAUCCAGCUUGUGACAGAAUACCUCCAGCGUGGGGAGAAAAAUGGCCUUGCCUGUGCACUAAAAACAGCCGUGGAAGCUGAGGGUCUAGAGGAGGGAGACCGUGAAUCCGAUGAUGAGGAGGACUUUGAAGUUCCGCGGUCGGGCCACAACCAGUCCUCAGAAGUUCACACAGCGGCUGUGGCUAAGUCACAGUCAGUCCUUGCCAAAGAAAAACUUCUUCAUCAUUUCUCACAGCUUGACUUGUCAAGAUUGGAUGGAGAGUUCAUUACCAGUAUUAGACAUUAUGUUGACAGUGAAGUUUACAAAGACGCUCAAUUAUUGAAUGACCCCAAUGGUCAGGGGUCACUAAAGCACCUGGAUGGGAUCAUAGCUACGGCAGCAGCCAGCUUUCAAAAGGAGCUGGAUUUAUUCAUGUCCAAACUAAACGUCUGCUAUGAGCUGUUCUCUGGCAAACCUGAGGAGGAGCAUGUUGUUGAGGCAGGUGACAGCACACUUCUGUCCAUCAUAGAGCGGAAAAUGUCAAGAUGUGCUUUGAAAAUCAGAAAGCUGCAGCAAAAAGCCGAGGUAGUGGUAAAGGACAUGGGGGGUGCUCUGCAGGACUUACAGCCUUCCUCAGAGGAGGCUGGGAACUGCAGCAGCCUUCUGCGUGAAAAGUGGUCCUCCCGAUGCAAGCGAGGCACCCUGGAAAUUCCCAAGAUGCCGUUUGAGGUCAAAGCAAUCAAACACGGGCGAGUGGCUGGUAGGGUGACCCUGACUGUGGAUAUCCAAGCGGGGAAGCUGUUUGCCGUGAAACCAUCAAAGGAGGUCCUAGACGACAGUAACACAUUUCCACAUGACAAAAUCUUACAGCUUAUCAAAUGCACCAAGGAUCACUCAAGACUAGACAUCAUCAUUGAAGGCAAGCGGAAGUACUCUUAUCAGUUCACGGACACUCACACAAGGGAGAACUUCUGCCAGCAAGUGAUGCAAAUGAAGAAUAUGCACUCCACAGAACCCGGCGUCGACCAAAUCUCCAUAUUUAUAGGAACAUUUAACAUGGGCAGCUCUCCUCCUCCCCAAAAUCUGAACCUGUGGUUGCUAGGGGUGGGCAAGGGAAAGGUGCGUGACCCUAAGGUGUUCUCCCGUAUCCCACAUGAUGUGUACGUUAUUGGGACUCAGGAGAGCGCACUUACAGACAAGGACUGGAUCAACACACUGAAGUCAGUUCUCAAGAGCUGCUUCAUGAUCGAGAUGGAGACGGUAGAUGUCUGGAGUUUAUGGGGUAUUCGUCUGGUCAUCCUCACAAGGCCUGAGCAUAUUCACAGUAUUAGCCACAUACAACAUGCCUCAGUUAAAACAGGCAUCGCUAACAAAUUAGGUAACAAAGGCGCAGUGGCCAUCUCAUUCCAGUUUAAUGGAACAACCUUCUGCUUUAUCUGUUCUCAUCUUACAUCUGGGGAUGAGAGAUUAUUACGGCGUAACCAAAAUUAUAAAGACAUUGUGAAGGGUUUCCAGUUAGGUUUGAAAAGCCUUAGCCUGUUUGACAUCACCAAUCGCUUCCAGCAUGUGUUUUGGCUCGGGGACUUGAACUAUCGCACUGAUGGUAACAUACAUCACAUCCUGCGCGAUGUCUCUGAACGGAAAAUAGAAGCUCUGCUGAAAAGAGACCAGCUCAACAAGUGUCGAGAGAAAAGUGAAGCUUUCUGUGGCUUUGAGGAAGAAUCCAUCACGUUCAUGCCAACAUACAGAGUGGUCCGUGGGGAACAAGAGUGUAGAGACUACGAGUGGAGGAAGCUCAAGAAAACAGGGGAGAGAAUCAACUCGCCAUCAUGGUGUGAUCGAGUUCUGUGGAAAUCUUACCCAGGAACUUUUGUGGAAAACACAGCAUAUGGGUCCUCGGAGAAGGUGUGUACCAGUGACCACAAGCCUGUUUUCUCCUCUUUCAAUGUGGGCAUCGCCUCUCAGUUUGUGGGCCCCGGAGUCACCAUAUCCAUGGAGGACAGCAGUAACAUGAGGAUCAUCUUUGAUUGCGUCGAAGCCAAAGUAAAAACCAGUUGUAAUUUGUAUUUUUACCUGGAAUUUUUCUCCACCUGUCUCCCAGGCACAUUUGUGAGCAAGGCAAACCGUAACUUUGACAUAAAACAGCCAGCUCAGCUGGUUUGUAAUCCAGUUUGGACCAGCAACUGUCUGCCAGAGAAGAUGAUACCUCUAUUUGGAGACCGGGACUUCCUGGAGGAUCAGCACAUCUUAUUGGCUGUGCGGGCACGGGACGGAGAUAACGAGUCUUAUGGUGAAUGCCCUGUGGCUCUGAAAAACAUGUUUAGUGAUAAACCUCUGCCGUUCUCAGGCAUGUUAACACAUCAGGGAGAGGAGACGGGCAGUAUCAGAGGAACAUUUCGUGUGACGACAUCUGACAGAACUGGCUCCAGAAGAAAGUCUGCUCGCAAGACUUACGAAUUAGUGGCAUUUGACACUGAAAUCCCUGAUCCUGAGGAGUACCAGCCAGACACGCCUCCACUUGCUAAGGAAGGUGACACUUUACCGGGCGAAGGAAAGCGGCUGUUGAAAACAGCAAGCACAGACUCUGGCAUCCUGGCCGUGAAAACGCCAGAGGCAAAUAGCCAGCAGCAGGAAUCACAUAAACGACUGAGCACGCCCAUCACGCUGGAAUCUCCACUGUAUGAGGAAUCGUCACUGGACGAAAACGACACAGAAAACGAGGAGACAGUAUUGACCAAUGGAAAUUCAGCACCCUCCCUGCCCCCACGGUGUAGGCCCCGCCUCCUGAUGGGACAGUCAAGUCUGAGCCAGAACCAGGUCUUACCGGCAUGCGUCCAGUCUCCAACAUCCCCUGCCAGGACAGGCGGGGACAAGGGAGAGAACUCUGCUGCCCCACCUCCACCGCCUGUCCCGUCUCGCUCACCCAACACAUUAGGUCUCCAGGAUCGUCCCCCUCCACCCAUCCCAAAGAGAACCAAACAGGAGGGUUACACCAACGCGGUAUCAGACAGCCGCUAUGAUGGCUUGUUACGCCCCAGCUCUGUCGACGAGUGGUUGAGAGGCCUUGGAUUGCCGCAGUACAUCGCCUUGUUCCUUAGCAACGGAUGGGACACCAUGGAGUUCCUUGGCGACUUAUCUGAAGCAGAUCUUGACGCCAUGUUUAUCCGGGAUCACGUACAUCGUGAGAGAAUUAUGGAGAGUUUGAAACAGAUGAAACUGAAAACGUAAUCAAAGCAUGCUGUCAAAAUGGCGUGGAUCUCGAAACUGCAUGAAACGUGUGAUGUCAUAAGACCUCAUGGCUACGCAUUGUACUCCCUGGCUUGAUGUGGUUGUUAACAGCUAGCAAUCUUUUUAUGACUGGCACAUGUGACAUUGUAUCAUAAACUUGUAACACUGUGCUGUACAUUGUAUCAUACAUGUAACAUUUUGUUAACACAUGUAAAUGUAACAUUGUAUCAUGCAGUUUACAUGUGGCAGUGUGUCAUAUAGGGACCUUCUACAUUGCAUCCGACAUGUAAAAAUGUAUCAGACAGGUACCACUCAUGUUUGUACCCGUCUGAAUUUCAAACCUCUCAAGGAAGAUCUGUGCUGUUGUAGUAAUUGCAUAGUUACUUGUAUCCACAUCUGAUCACAUGCUGUGAAGUAAAGAAAGAAAUAUUGUUGGCUACUUGCUGUCCAGGAUUUGAAAGGCCAGUAGCUGUCACACAUCAUGUUUCAGUGUUUUGUAUAGAUUACAGAAUUGUCAAAAAUACAUAAUUGUCUGAGCCAGCUUUUGUAGCGUAGCGGGUUAUGUUCACUGAGAAAAGAACGACCAGAUUCUGAGCUAACUAUGUGACCUUGGAACAUAUGAACAUUAAAUUAUUCUAAAUAAUCAUUAUGAAUGGAAAAACUGUACACGUGAUUAGGCGUGUUGUCUGAGCUACACUCAUCCAUAACCAGGUGUAUUUGUUACUUCCAUGCAAGCUUUUAAGACUUCCAAAUAACAGAGUCUAUAAGUAAAAAAAACUCAUAAUGGUUCAUGAUGUUAGGGAAUAAAAAAGAACUGAUAAUUGAUGUUCCCAUUCCCGAGAUGAUGAAAUAGUAGACCGUGUUCUGAUCAAAGAGAAAGAGUAAUGAGUCUCAUCAGGAUACACGUACAACAGGGCUGCUGAAGUUUUUCAAAAAGUGGGCCUCUUUAAGUUGUUCUGCAAAGAAAACGUUGAUUGUCUUAACUGAUGGACAAACCAGUUGUACUUUCUGGACUGGUUUCAAAAGUUUUCCAACUUCUUGUUUCAAUGAAGUACAUAUGUUAUUCUGUAUCUAAAUCUCUGAACAUGACUAAAAGGCUGUGGCAGAGUGUUUGUUAUAUUGUACUUUUGGUUUUGAAGAACCCUUUCACGAUGUUUACCAAAGUAUUUGUACUUUUGGUUUUGAAACUUUCCCAGUAUGUGUCAGAGUAGUUCUACUCUUGGUUGAAAACUUGCUUCCAGAGCUUGGCUAUAUGCCUUGGCUUCAGUCAUAAUGUACUUGGCUUCAUUAUAGUGGUACAAAGCUGAAAAUCAGUUUUAAAACUGUUUUUAAAUAGGUUUUUUUUUUUUUUCCAAAUUAAAUAUCAAAAUACACAGUGGCAUACAUUUAUGUGACUUGGUAAACUUUCAAAUAUACAUGUAUAUACUAAUGUUAUUACAUGUUUAGUAUACCAGAAUAAUUUAACAAAGGCUUUGAUCAUGUAUCAAAAUAUAACCUGUAAUUAAUGAUAGUAAUAUAUUUUCUUUAUAGUUUAUUUGACUGAGUGAUACCUGUAGAUCUGGAUUAUGCGAUGAUAAUUUUUUUUUAAUAGGUUUCAUGUUUUAAGAGAAUGUUCCAAAUGAUUUUUUUUUUAUUUAAAAUGAUUUGAUUUUAGAAGUAGGGUCAUUUCUGCCACUAUGAGAAUUUCUGUUCAUGUCAGAAAUAAGAGAGAUAGAGUACCCUUCUAUUCAUGUAUGCACGCUGUACUUAAAAAAUAGCUUACCUUCUAUUGAAACAUGUCUCAACAUUUACUGCAUUGUCAGUAUAGGGAAAGUAUUGUUUGCUUAUAGCCAUUUGGAUUGUGGAUCCUCAUGUAGGACGUGAUCUAUAUUACACGAUUUGCAGCACUUCACUAAAGUCAAAUGAUCAUUCAUACAUCGUUAUAGGUUAGAAGGGUAAAGGUUGGCACCACCAGUAAUGUGAACUACUUUCUGGCAUAACACUGGAUAACUGGAGGUUAGAGGUGGGAAAUUCUUUGUCAUUGGCUUGUCGACCUUCUUAACGUUGACCUGUAGGAAAUGAUUUA